CUCUAACCAAAUAUCAAGUUGAUUUCUCUAAUCUAUUAGAGCCAUACACAGGCUGCAAGACACAUUGGACCUUAACAAUAUUUAUGAUAAGGGCCUUAAGUCAAAUAGACUGCUUUAAAACUCACAUGAAGUUUUGGAAAUUCCUCGCCGUUUGGCCGGGUGACGAUUCAACUCCCAGAUACAAGUACUACUCCACAGCAUUCAUCACAACGUACAUCUUUAUCUACAUGAUAUUAUUCACCAUAAACUUUUCUUUCUUGCCGAAACAGCUGGACAUUUUCAUAGAAGACUUGCUUUUUUAUUUCACCGAUUGUACCGUAGUAUCGAAAUCUCUGACAAUGAUUCUUAAGCGUGAAAAAAUAUACGAUUUAUUUGACAUGCUGGAAAGUGAUAUUUUUCAACCAGAUGACGCUGAAGGUUUGGCUAUAAUAGAAAAAGCAAAAAAGUUUAACAAGCUUUAUUGGAAAAUUCUUACCACUGUCUCGUUUACUUCAAGUGCCGCUCAUCUCUCGCCGAUAGUAGUGCAUUUUAUAUUAGGAACAGAACUGGAGCUACCCGUCUGCAGUUACGGGUUUUUAUCAGAAGCCUUUAGAGAAAUGUUUGUGGUCCCCUUGUAUUUAUAUCAAGGCUCAGGAAUAAUGUUCCACAUGAUGUACAACGUGAAUAUAGACUCAUUAACAAUAGCUCAACUAGAUGUUCUUGAUAAAAAGCUAAGGAAAGUAACAGAUAAAGAUAAACAUGAAGAUGCAGAUGGUGAAACAUCAAGACAACAUCACGACAAACACAGAGAAGCUGUUAGGAAAAUAAACCAAUGCAUAAUUCAUUAUGAAGAAAUAAACAAGUUUUGCAGACUAGUGUAAGAUGUCUUCGGCAUAACUUUAUUCGUGCAAUUUGGCAUGGGAUCAUGCAUCAUCUGUAUAUGCUUGAUGAGACUAACUAUGCCAGCACCACUUAGCUAUUACGUAUUCCUUGGUACCUACUUGUUUGUGAUGGUCCUACAAUUCAUGGUACCAUGCUGGUUUGGGCAGCGGAUUAUAGAUAAGAGCAUUUUUUUGGCUUUUUCUGCUUAUAACUGUGAGUGGACUUCUGAGACUCGUCGGUUCAAGAGUAACAUGCGCUUUUUCGUAGAAAGGGCUAACAAGCCCCUCUCUAUUACUGGAGGGAAGAUGUUCCGCCUUUCACUCGUCACUUUUACUUCUAUUAUGAACUCUGCUUAUUCGUUCUUUACUCUUCUCCAAAAUGUGAAGUCUCGGAAGUAAUUAUGUGAGU